AUGCAUUUUCUGAACCUCCUCUUGGCCCUUCCUGCUGCUCUUGUAGCAGCCGCUCCAGCUACCGAGAAUAUUAGUAGACAGGUCGCCUCUGGAUGCUACGCCUUUGAGGAUCCAGACUGCGGUAUCAACUAUGCUGUUUGCCAAUGUGCCAAUGGAUGGUUCUAUGAGUACAAUCAGGCUAAUGCGAAUAACGGCAAUUACUGCAACCCUCCUUGGGGAUUCCUUGCAACAUCUGAGUCUGGACUAGGUGGCUAUAGCUGUUGA